AUUAUCCCUGUAAUUCUCAGCGACUAAAACAACGCUGUCCUUUUACGCUAGAUAAUAACUCAAGCGUGAUUUCACAACGCACGCGGCUGACCAGGACGUCCCUAGAUAUCUUUGGACUUUUUUUCCCUUUUCGUUUAGUGAAUGAUCGCUGACAAGACGGCAACAAAACUGGAAAAGAUCACUGCUUCCUGUCUCCUAUCCUAAAUCUUUACUCCAGUGAAGACCGUUUUCACGCUAGCAUAAAUGGACAACGCAGGAAUGAAAAAAGGAAUUGUGAUAAAAGAUGACUGGCCUGGAUACAGCCUGGACCUGUUCACCUACCCUGAACACUACCAUGAAGACAUAGAGAGUGUUUACAUUCCACAUGGGGUAAUCAUGAACCGGGUGGAGCGUCUGGCCCGCUAUGUCAUGGAUGAUUUUGAGGACAACAUAAUGGUGCUGUGCGUCUUGAAGGGAGGCUACAAGUUCUGUGCAGAUCUGGUGGAGUUCCUCAAGGUUCUUGGCCGAAACUCCAACAAGUACCUGGAGACCCGGGUGGAGUUCAUCCGCCUGAAGAGCUACCAAAAUGACCAAUCAACAGAGGAGCUGCACAUCAUAGGAAGCCGAGAUCUGUCUUUCCUGCGUGGAAAGAGUGUGCUCAUUGUUGAGGCCAUAGUUGACACAGGAAAGACCAUGAAGGCCCUUCUGAAGCAUGUGGAGACCUUUGAACCCAAGAUGGUCAAGGUCUCAGGUCUGUUGGUGAAGAGGGUCCCUAACAUGGCUGACAGUCUGACAGACUAUGUUGGAUUUGAAAUCCCCAACCAAUUUGUUGUUGGUUAUGCCUUGGACUACAAUGAACACUUCCGUGACCUGAAUCAUAUCUGUGUCAUCAGCAAGACUGGGAAGAUGAAGUACAAGGUUUAAGAAAAAGAAAUGCUGGCCCCCAGAAGAGGACUGUUUGUGACAGAUGGAUAGAGCUUAUGGACGUUGGCAUCCCCGUGCCCGGAUAACGCCCACUCUGACUCAUGGAAAACAGUGAGCACAGCAGGCAGGCCGAACAGCGUCUCCUCACCACACUGUAUCUAUUUGUUCCCAACUUUGAUCAGGCCUUACUGGAAAUCAGAACUGAGUACACAAGAGUUUGGCAACGCUGACAUAACAAUUUUUACAUUGAAAUGCAAUCUCACAGACAGGUAAACUAUACACAUUGUGUUGAAAAUUACAUGGACUGACCCAUCACAAGUCACUUCUACUCCAGCAAGUACAAACUGAAGA